AUGAUGGAUCUUUCACAAUUCAUGCACAAGUUGUUGGAACCGGUACCCCAAUAUGUUCUAGGUUGUUUUCCGGCGAUAGCGAUUGUAGGCGCGGCUCCUGUGGAAAAAUUUUCGGAAAAGUUUGUAUGGAUGAUACGUUGCCUAGGGUGCCCAUUUAUUGGGAUUUUUUACGCUCUCAUUGUAGGGGGCAGUAAAGAAUCUCGGUGUUUAUUUUGGCUCCCGGCAGAUUACUUUACUAAGAAAAAAAAUAAUAAAAAACUCAAACUCAGACCGUUCGGAAUACACACUAAGAUACUGGAAGAUAAAAAGGUUAUAGAAGAAUACGUAAAUAUGUGCACAGCAAAAGCAUCAGUUCUUGAAAGAUUAUCACCGUUAAUUUCAAUGUACUACAUUGUGAUUGGCAUCUUAUCGGGAAUAUCUAGAGCGACAGGUUCAACUGCUUGUGAGGACUGGCCAUAUAUACCAUUAUUAUUAUCUUGGACACUUCCAGCGCUCUGGAGACGAGUAUAUUCAGGAAAUUUGGUAGUCAGAGAUCCUAAGGUAGAAUUCAGUGAAUUCGGAGAAUCCAGAAAAUUGGAAUUCAAAGAAUCUGGAGAAUCUGAAGAAGACAAAAUAAUCAUGGUGGUCGAUCUAAAUGAUAACGUUAAAUCUGGAGAAUCUGAAGAAGACAAAAUAAUUAUGGUGGUCGAUCCAAAUGACAACGUUAAAUCUCAUAAACUUUUUACCGUUUCAGUAACUACUUUUAUAUUAAUAGUUUUACCUUGGAUUACACUAUUUAUUGCAUACUAUACACCCCCAAUAGGAGGAGAAAAAGAUUUAUUCGGCUUUUGUGAUGGGGUCAUUCAUACUUGGUUUGCUUUCUGCGGUUUCGUAAUAGCAAUUUUACUGCUUGUUCUGGGUUUAUUUAUCAAGAAUCCAGUAUGGUGGACAAAUCUAUUUGGAGAGUCUUGUCAUAUAUCGAUAUCAAAUACGGGAUGUGUCCAGCUAUCUGCUGUACCAAAUGUACCGACUGCUCCGAAAGUACCAUAUCGAUAUGUGCAGGGCGUAUUAUUUUGUAUUGUAGUAGGGCAAAGGCAAUUAGGAGAUAUAGGGAAUUAUGAGAAUGAAUAA